GCCACGCCAUUCGCCCCUAGAAGCCCAGACGUGAAGAGAAAUGCGGCGUUUGACGGGGUUGUUGCUUGUGCUGGUGGUCUGCCAGGGGCUGGCGACACCUUUGAGUGACUCGGUCGGCCCGGAGGGUUACUUUUCUGAAGAAGACGAGGAGGAUUCUGACGUUCUGUCGUCGCUGACGCUUCUCCAGGACGACGUUUCAGCCGAAUGGUUGGUUCGGGACCAGUCAUGGACUGUGGGGUCGUCCGGAACUCCCUACAGUUUCGGCGAUAUUACUUUAGACGCCGGGAAGGUGCUGGAUGGCGACACCGAAACCUACUGGAACCCUUACGGACUGGAGCGGUACUACAACAACUGGUACGUCGUCCUGGACCUCAGGGUGCCCUACAGUCUGUCUAGUGUCGGAAUCAUCAACUACGGAGACGACAUACACGACAUUAAAGCAUUCACGCUGCAGAAGUCGGUCAGCGGGGAACCUUAUAACUGGGUGAACGUCACGAGCGAAGACGACAUCUUGGCGGGGACGGACCAAUGGCAAGAACGCGGCGGUUUUCAAGCGACGGCGCGGUACUGGAGGCUCCUCAUCACCCAGACCCACACCGGGUGGCAGCCAUGGCUACUGGAACUGGGGCUGUACGGGCACCGUGUUUUUACGGACACCCCGCCUGGCUACACCGUUCACCGGAAUAACUGCAUCCGGCACCGGAACCAGCUCGGCAGUGAGAGGAACUCGACCGUGCAGAGAUGUGCGGAGGGAUGCGACUCUCUCCUUGCAUGUCGGUCGUUUGACUUCAACUUCCACCACAAGACCUGUGCCUUCUCCACCGACACCCGAGAGAGUGCCGCCCAGGCGUACGAGAACUGUCCCGUCAGAUACCAGCUGCAAACGGACUACUACGAGAAACAGGAUCGGCCACAGACCGAGGCAGUUCCAGAACCGGCGUACUACAACUCCUUAGACCACCAGUCUACGUUCACUACUCCUAACGGUCACACACUGGGCGAAGGUGUCGGCGGCUCGGCCUUACUGCUCGAAUCGCGCCGUAACCAGUACGCCGACCUGGGGGACUUCGCAGGCACUUGCCUCGGCACCACCCUCAACUGCCCCCGAGGCUUCACCCUGGCCUUCUGGUUCAAACGUCCCGCCGAGGAUAACCGCGCUCAGUACUACAUCAACAGCGGCGGGCACGCCUUUACCAGUACGCGGGGGUUCACGCUGACCAAGACCGCCGCGGAUCUACGCAAUGAUCUCUACAACGUCGCCGUCAACGGUCGUCAGUCUCGCCACGAGGCAAAAGUCUACCUUCCCGCGGGCAAGUGGACGCACGUGGCCGUCACCUGGCUGGAGGAACGCGGCCUGGAGAUCUUCCGGAACGGGAUGGUCCAGCUGAUUGCUCAGAUUGAAUCUGAGAUCCCGCCCCUGGAGACCGACCCUCACACGCACCUGUACCUGGGCAGCGCCAACACCCAGCCGGGGGAGUACACGGGAGAGGCCCUGUUCGACGAGCUCAAGUUCUGGGACCGGGUCCUGCCUGAUGGACAGAUUCAACUCGCCAUGAUCCCAGGAGUAGGAACAGCAAAUUGCCUGGUGGGAGAUGGGGCAUCCUUCCGAGGAACCGUCCCUGUGACCAAGACAGGCAAGACGUGUCAACGCUGGGACAGUCAGACGCCCCAUGAGCACGACAGGACACCUGCUAACUACCGGUCAUCCGGACUGGAGCAGAACUACUGCCGGAAUCCGGACGGAGAAUCCGGAGUGUGGUGCUACACCACGGACCCCGGCACGAAAUGGGAGCUGUGUGACGUACGAGCCUGUGUUCAGCCGCCGGUCUGUGCGGACCAGCGUGACCACUGCCAGGCGUGGGCGUCUGAAGGGCACUGUAACAACAACUACCGGUCCUACAUGCGCCAGUACUGCCCCAGGACAUGCGGCUUCUGCUCUGGAGGGCCCGAGCCUACGGACCCACCCGGUGACAGGGAGGACGAUACGGUAGAAGCGCCAAUGAUGUCUCCGGAACAAGCGUGUGCUGACCGGAACCAGUACUGUGAGAGCUGGGCAUCCCAGGGCUACUGCCGGUCUAACUACGCCUACAUGGUGCAGAGCUGCCGCCGGGCCUGCGGCUUCUGUACGGUGUCAGGAGGCGGAUCUACCAGUAUGACUACGAAUAACUGCAUGGACAACCACUACCACUGUCCCAGCUGGGCUACUCGAGGUUUCUGCGCCCAGGGCACCUCCCACUACGCCUACAUGAUAAGGUACUGCCGCAAGAGCUGCAGGAAGUGUACCGCGGAGGGGACCGGGACUGGCUCGGGAGGACAGGGAGGAGGGGAUAGAGACUGCAGGGACACGCAUCAGCACUGCGAAGACUGGGCCAGGCGAGGUGAGUGCACCAAAAACCCGAACUACAUGCACGUCAGGUGUCGGCCCAGCUGUAGACUGUGCACCACCGGCGGGGGUACCGGUGGAGAAGAGACCGGCGGUACAGGGGGUGAGGGUGGUGAUGGAAACGGCGGUGAGGAGACUGAGAUGGAGGAAGAAGACACUGACGAAGGAGAAGAAGAAGAGGAGGAGGAGAUGGAAGAAGACUGUGGGAUGCAGUACCUCACCGUAUCGCCAGGCAUCGCCCGGAUCGUUGGCGGUACGGUGGCCGUACAGGGGGCAUGGCCGUGGAUGGCGUUCUUAUACAGAAAGGAGUACGGACACAUUUGCGGUGGGACCCUCAUCUCCUCACGAUGGGUGCUCACGGCGGCUCACUGUUUGACAGGGAGGAGCGCCGAUGAGAUCGAGGUGUACCUCGGGAAACAUCACAAACAUAAGAAGGACGCCAUGGAGCAGAGGUUCACAGCGGAGAAGAUCAUCCUCCACAAGGAGUUCAGUCUCCCGUCUUACAGGAAUGACAUCGCCCUCAUCAAGCUGCCUCGGCGGGCCAUGUUGAACGAGAUCGCCAACCUGGCGUGUCUGCCGGACGGCAACAUGGCGGACACCACACGUACACAGGACGGCUCGUGCGUCACUACCGGCUGGGGAGACACCUUAGGUACUGGUGGUGAGGGCGCGCUGAAACAGUUGUUCCUCCCGCUCAUCCCGACACAGAAGUGUAACAGCACCAACUUCUACAACGGGAGGCUCCAUACCAGCAUGCUCUGCGCUGGGUUCGAGAAAGGUGGACAGGACUCCUGUAGGGGAGACUCCGGCGGCCCUCUGGUCUGCUCCAUGGACGGCCGCUGGUAUCUGAUGGGCGUCACGUCAUGGGGACGAGGCUGCGCACUGCCCAUGCGCCCCGGAGUCUAUGCCAAGGUCACCGAGUUCUCCGACUGGAUCGAAGACAUGAUGCUGAACAACUGAUCCUCUUCUUCUACUGUUCACAAAAAUCUCAAUCAAAGCAAGGCCGCGUACUGAAAAACUACUUAUAGCCGCUUAAUUACUUUGCAUUCAUUCAUUCAUUUGAUAACGGUACGUUUUAUUAGAGGACUAUGAUGUCUUUCUUCAUAGAUGCUGUUUUCUUUAGCAGCUCUUUUCAUAUUAUCCACUACUGCUUCCAAAUAAAGCACUAUCCAAUGUC